GCCGGUCCAUUCGACGACAGACGCACCAUCACGAUGCCCCGUCAUUCCGUGACACGGCUCGCCCGCCAGGUUAGGGGGCUUCCGCUGGCCGAAUUGCCCCCUCCGUAUCUUGCGCCGUCUCUCCAUUUCUCGCUCAUCCGAUCACCCGUCCAAUCCUCCAACUUCUCGUCCACUGCGGUUGUCGCUGGUCAUGGUCGGGAUCUCAGCAAGUCCCGCGGUGUCUCUGCCAUCCACCGAAGCGGUCCCAAGUUUAAAUUGGGCGUGUCGAAGUACCCAUUGCCGAAGGCUGUCUCUCCCGAAUCGUUGGAACACCGUCACCCUACACCCGACCAUGGACUGUGGGGUUUCUUCCCCAAGGGCAAAGAGGCACUGAGCUCGCCGGAAUAUGAUAACGCUCAUGGUCGGCCUUGGUCCAUCCAGGAACUCCGCGAAAAGUCCUGGGAUGAUCUCCACAGACUCUGGUGGGUUUGUGUUAAGGAACGCAACCGCAUAGCCACCUCCAACUUGGAGCGUCAGCGAGUGAAGGCUGGAUAUGGAGAAUAUGAAUCGGAAGAACGGGAGCGAGUGGUCCGUGUCACUCAGAAAUCCAUUAAGCACGUUCUGCGGGAGCGAUGGUACGCCUGGGAGGACGCACAGAAGCUUUACAAGCAAGGUUACCGACCCCAAGAGGAGGAUACCCAGGAAUAAGCAAAGAGUGACAUGAAGGCUCCUCGGCCCCGUACAGCUCUCCACAACAGUACCUUCCCUAUCUCGGAAAGUCUAUCAACUGGACCGGAAUGUAAUAUUAUCAUGAAUUGCCCAUUUUUAUGUACUGCUACGUUUUAUACUAUUUUAUGUUGAUCUUGGAUCAAUACCCUGUCCGGUAGAGCAAUAGAAAAAGGACGACACUACUACGCAUAGACAUCCCCCAUGUCUAGUAAAGCGCC